AUCACGGAAAACAGCGGAAUUUGUGAAAUUUGUGGCUUGGCGUUGCACCUCACUGCGCCUGGGGAGGACGCAGUUCACAACGGGGAUGCUCAUGUCCCUUGAUCUUUGGCCGUCUGUCCCUUUCAUCAUACCACGACAACAAUGAAGGCCCCCUCGACUCUAUUGCUGCGCGCGCUACUGCGGCCUGGCCGGCCGCUGUGUCAAACCAGAUCCAAAUCCUACUGGAUGCCCAGGGAGAAGUAUGCGAAGAUCACUGGACUCGACAAGCUACAUCGAAGGCAGAAAGAAGGAAUCCGGAGAGAACACGAAGCGAGCAGAAUACGUGCCGAGAAGAUGAAGUUCGAUCCUACUGCUCAACCUGCGCCCAUACCGCAACAGCCAUCAACAGUCUCACCAAUACUUGAGGCAAUGACAACGGUGUCGAACCUGCCAUUCAAGAUUUCACGGACACCAUCAGCAAAUCUGCCAGUCUACGAAAGCGUCAAGUCCGGAGGAUCAAAACACAUUACGACCAUACGAAAGAUUACAGGCGACUUGGACCAGCUGGCCGGUCAGGUGCAGAAAGCGCUGGGUCUGGGUCAGCACAUCGUGGACGUCCGGGGACGGCGGAAAGAUACUGUGGCAAUCAACCGGACUACGCGACAGGUUGUGGUACGCGGAUGGAGAGGGCCUGAGAUCAAGAAAUGGGCCGAGAUGGUUGGGUUUUGAAAACCCAGUAGGCAGGUCGUCGAUCGCAUCUUAAAGCUGGAAUCGGGAUACGGACUACGAAGGCCGAUAAACGCUAUAUGAUUGCACGGUAGGCAUCUUCCAAACUCUCAGCAGACGAGGACGUCGCAAAGAACGUUGUGGUCGUCCGACUACAUGUACAAUAAGCCAUUCGCAUGGAGCAUUUUUUUCAAGGUGUUGGCCUUAAAAGUCCAUGGCACUGGCCAAAAUUUGGCCAAAGGUCUGAGCCAACGCCUCAGUUGAGGUACGCUGAACACAGCUGGCUGUAUCGGGUCCACAGAGAGAGCGUCGAGUCCUGCAAAGUCAGGAGUUCAAAUUGACUCUUUGAAACGAAAGGAAACCAUUCGAGAUCAUAAUCUAGGCAUUCAAAUCCCAGUUGAUACAUAAAAU